AUGACUGUCGCCGUCCCCUUCCUCUCGUGCUCAAUCCCUGCUGCAGACCAUGCUGCAUUGGCUGGUCUAUCUGACGACGCCGUCCGCGCAUGGGUGGCCACCCGCGCCCAAGAGUACCGCGACAUCGCCCUCGCCCUCCUCUCCAUCUACAAUGCCGUCGCGCCCAUCCACCGCGCCUUCCCCACUGAAGUCCUCUCCGAAAUAUUUUCACACUGUUGGCAAGACCCUCGAAGCAUCGCCGUCGCCCAUGUCUGCCGCCACUGGCGUUCAAUCGCCCUCAAGACUCCUAGCCUGUGGACCGCCGCCCUCGCCGCGCCCGGGAAGCUGCUCUCCCAACCCCGGAAAUGUAAAUCCAGCCGCCGCGAGUUUGCAGCCUUCGCCCUCGAACGGUCUUCUCCUCAAUCUCUCCGCCUCAAAGUCUACCACUUCCCCGAUCACUUCGCCAGCACGCUCGCCCUACACGCUGUCCGCCUCGCUGAUCUCUAUGUCCGUCUCGACGAUGCAUCGACCCUCUCCACUCUAUGCAAGUUCCUCAACUCGGAAACGCCCAAUCUAGAGGUGCUCGGCAUCACAUUCCCG